GAUGCUAGUCCUUCCACUUCUGAAGGCGGGCUACCUCCUCAAAUUCUCCUCAGUGGCCUAUUAGCCUAAAAAAGCGAUGAGAUCGCACAAACAACCAGUGUCAAGUGCAAUAUAGCUGUGUUCUUUUCCCGGAAUCGACUGCGCAAAAAAAAAAAUCGCAUUUCUAGUCACUUUUCCAUUUUUGGGGUUCCAGUUUAAGGCCUGACGUGUUCUUCAUAGCCUUAAACGCAGGGCUGUUAGUUACCUACUCGGUAUUCCUUCACACAAUUAUGGGGGUGGGGUACUCAUGUGCAAAGAUGUGAGACAAGAGACAGGUGAUGCGCUCUCUGCAUGCAUCCUGUCUUCAACAGGGGGAGCACAGCCACGGAACGAACGGUCGAACAGCAUGAGGUGAGGGAUUCUUCCACUCAUCAUAUCUAAGCAGAACAGGGACCAUGAAAGCAACCGAGUGGAGAUUUGAGCAGCUGUAUCAUCAUACGGAUAAUUCAGGCAUCCUUUCACUCUAAAAGCGUUCUCUUUUUACCGACGUUGAAUGACGAGGCGGAAUGGCAGGUGGACGUCGAGGACUUGUGGCCCCACAAAACACUUUUCUUGAGAACAUCGUCCGAAGAUCCAAUGAUACCAACUUUGUUCUGGGCAAUGCCCAGAUUGUGAACUGGCCCAUUGUGUACAGCAACGACGGCUUCUGCAAGCUCUCCGGUUACCACCGUGCUGAGGUCAUGCAGAAGAGUAGCACCUGCAGUUUCAUGUAUGGGGAGCUCACAGACAAGGAGACGGGUGAGAAAGUGCAACAGAUCUUUGAGAAUUAUGAGAUGAAUUCGUUCGAAAUUCUCAUGUAUAAGAAGAAUCGGAUGCCGGUGUGGUUCUUUGUUAAGAUCGCUCCUAUCAGGAAUGAGCAGGACAAGGUGGUGUUGUUUCUGUGCACCUUCAGUGACAUCACUGCAUUCAAACAGCCCAUUGAGGAUGACUCUGUGAAAGGAUGGGGUAAAUUCGCUCGGCUCACUCGGGCCCUGACGAGCAGCCGGGGAGUGUUGCAGCAGCUGGCGCCCACCGUCCACAAGGGCGAGAACGUCCACAAGCACUCUCGUCUGGCUGAGGUUCUCCAGCUGGGCUCAGACAUCCUCCCGCAGUACAAGCAGGAGACGCCUAAAACUCCUCCCCACAUCAUCCUCCACUACUGCGCCUUCAAGACCACCUGGGACUGGGUCAUCCUCAUCCUGACCUUCUACACAGCCAUCAUGGUGCCCUACAACGUCUCAUUCAAGACCAAGCAGAAUAACGUCACCUGGCUGGUGGUGGACAGCAUCGUGGACGUCAUCUUUCUGGUGGACAUCGUGCUCAACUUCCAUACCACGUUUGUGGGGCCAGCCGGAGAGGUCAUCUCGGACCCCAAGCUGAUCCGGAUGAACUACGUCAAGACGUGGUUCGUCAUCGACCUGCUCUCCUGCCUGCCGUACGACGUCAUCAACGCCUUCGAGAACGUUGAUGAGGGCAUCAGCAGUCUCUUCAGCUCCCUCAAAGUAGUCCGUCUGCUUCGCUUGGGCCGGGUGGCCCGUAAACUGGACCACUAUAUUGAAUACGGGGCCGCUGUCCUGGUCCUGCUGGUGUGCGUCUUUGGCCUGGCCGCCCACUGGUUGGCCUGCAUCUGGUACAGCAUCGGCGACUACGAGGUCAUCGACGAGAACACCAACAGUGUGAGGAUGGACAGCUGGCUCUACAUAUUGAGCGAAUCGGUGGGGACGCCGUACCGCUUCAACGCCAGUGGCUCCGGUAGGUGGGAGGGCGGGCCAAGCAAGGACUCGGUCUACAUCACUUCCCUAUACUUCACCAUGACCAGCCUGACCAGCAUCGGCUUCGGCAACAUCGCCCCCACCACCGACGGAGAAAAGCUCUUCGCCGUGGCAAUGAUGAUGAUCGGAUCACUCCUGUAUGCCACCAUCUUCGGUAACGUGACCACCAUCUUCCAGCAGAUGUACGCCAACACCAACCGCUACCACGAGAUGCUCAACAGCGUCCGCGACUUCCUCAAGCUCUACCAGGUGCCAAAGGGCCUCAGUGAACGCGUCAUGGACUACAUUGUCUCUACAUGGUCCAUGUCUAGAGGCAUCGAUACAGACAAGGUGUUGCAGAUCUGCCCCAAGGACAUGCGGGCGGACAUUUGCGUCCAUCUUAACAGAAAGGUGUUCAAGGAGCACCCAGCCUUCCGACUAGCGAGCGAUGGGUGCCUACGGGCCCUGGCCAUGGAGUUCCAGACCACCCACAGUGCCCCUGGAGACCUCAUCUACCACGCGGGCGAAAGUGUAGACAGCCUCUGUUUCGUGGUGUCCGGGUCCUUGGAGGUCAUCCAGGACGAUGAGGUUGUGGCCAUAUUAGGAAAGGGAGACGUGUUUGGGGACAUCUUCUGGAAGGAGGUGACCCUAGCCCAGGCUUGCGCCAACGUUCGGGCCUUGACUUACUGCGACCUCCACGUCAUCAAGCGUGACGCUCUGCAGAAAGUUCUGGAGUUCUACACGGCCUUCUCCAACCACUUCUCCCGCAACCUGCUGCUCACCUAUAACCUCAGAAAGAGGAUAGUGUUCCGGAAGAUCAGUGAUGUGAAACGUGAGGAAGAGGAGAUGCUCAAGAGGAAUAACGAGGCCCCUCUGAACCUUCCUCCGGACCACCCCGUCCGUCGCCUCUUCCAGCGCUUCCGGCAGCAGAGGGAGGCGCGACUGGCAGUGGAGCGAACCUGUCAGGGGGAACCAGCAGACGUGGAGAAGGGCACUGUCCACCUGGAGCAAACCAAGGUCCAUGAGGUCCUCGCCUCCACCAGCAUCAUCAUGGUGACCGAGAGCCCUGCUACUCCCACAGCUUCAUCCACAUCUUUGUCUUUGUCCUGCAGGCCCUCUAGCCGAGUCAUGCUUCAUGCCCCUGCCAUCCAAAACGGCAACCUCAUAGGCUGCAAGUCCGCAGAGCCUGCGCCAAAGACCAAAAAGGGCUGGGGUCGUUUCAAGGAGUCUGUUGUGAAAGCAGAGUCGUGGAGCAGCGUUUCUAAGGCCGAGUCCAUGGAGACCUUGCCGGACAGGACUAAGUCCCAUAAUGAGAUGUCUCUCAAGAAGACGGACUCUUGUGACAGCGGUAUUACUAAGAGCGACCUGCGCUUAGAUAACGUGGGUGACGCCCACACUCCGCAGGACCGGAGCCCUGUGCAGUCAGAAGGGAAGCUGGUUGUCUGUCCUAUACCCGUACAGACCAUGCACGCCUCUUUCCUAGAGCUGAAGCAGGAACUUAGGGGAGACAUCGGGUCUCUUAAUGGCCGCAUGGCGGUGGUAGAGGCACAGCUGGCCGAGAUGCUUCAACUACUAAAAUCGAAAAAGGCCUCUAGUUCGAGAAAAGCCUCUCACUCAUCCAGUUUCUUUGAGAUGUCACGACCAGCAUCCCCCAAUUCCCAUAAGGACGACAGCUUCUCACAAUCUUGACACUGCAUGUUUUGGCAGUCUAUGCAGUGUUUCCCAACUCCAGUCCCUGAUUACCCCCAACAGUACACAUUUUUGUUGUAGCCCAGGACAAGCACUGAUUCCUGAUUCAACUUGUUAACGAUCAAGAGCCCUCGAUGAGUUGAAUCAGGUGAGUUUGUCCGGAGCUACACCAAAGAUGUGUGCUGUUGGUGUUACUCGAAAUGGAGUUGUGAAACAUUGGUCUAUGGAACAUGAAGUGAAUGCAUCCUAGAAUUCAUCCAGGAGCUGGCUGCGGUGUCGCAAAAUUGUGAGAGAGGUUUUGUGAAGACUUGGGCAGUAAGAUGUUCCUAAAUUAGUACAGAUGAGUAGUGAGGGAUUUUCUUACCAUAUUAUUAUUAUUAUUAGAUAUAGGGGUAAUCUGGAUUCAAGAAAAUGCACAUCUGGAUUAUCUCUGCACCUUGAGGUACAUUCUGUGCGAUAUUCCAUCAAUCUACUUUUGUAGACUGUAAACCGCAUAAACAACGCAUUUGUUGUCUAAUUUCUUUUCAAUUGGAUUCGUUUUAGUUUUAAUUUGGUCACACUUCUCACAUGGUAAAAUGACUAACACCUUAAGGAGGUUUUCAUCAAAUCUGUGCACUCAAUUGAAAUUAGCAAUAAUAUUUUAUUGCAUUGAUGUGGAGCAACAGCGAGGAUGCACAUAUCUGAAAUGACAAUGUCCAGAGCGAAGAUGAACAUAUUUAAAAUGACAAUGUCCACAGCGAAGAUGCACAUAUCUAAAAUGACAAUGUCCACAGCGAAGAUGCACAUAUCUAAAAUGACAAUGUCCACAGCGAAGAUGCACAUAUCUAAAAUGACAAUGUCCACAGCGAAGAUGCACAUAUCUAAAAUGACAAUGUCCAUUGUUAUUGACACCAUUGCUCUCUCCUUGUGGUAUUAAAAUGAAGGGAAAUGAAGGGAAAAUCAUGAUUGUGAACUUUCAAUGUAUGGUGGAAACCAUGGCAUCUUUUCAACCAACAUCCAUCCUAAAUUGUUAUGGGAAGAAAUCAAUGUGAAUUUGUCUAAACUAUGAAACCUUUGUGCAUUUUGGGUCAUCACUGUUGAUAUAAUAUGCAAAGUAUUGCCAUCUAUAUUGUGUCUUUAGCAUUUGAAUUGCAAUGUUAAAGGAGUAAAAGGAGAUACUUGUACAGACAGGUCCAGAAUUAUUGGAACCCUUGAUAAAGAUGGGCAAAAAAAGACUGUAUAAAAGAAAUAAUACAAAUACUACAAUUGCUCAGAGAAAGAGAUUUUGUUUAACAAAUAAUUGUUUUCUCUAAAAAAAAGAUGGGGAUCCCCCCUGUUUUUAAUAUACUUCGGCACCCUCCCCCUUGCGUGGAUAACGGCACAGACUUUUUCUGAAAUGUUUUAUGAGAUUGGAGAACACAUUGGGAGGGAUCUUAGACCAUUUCUCCAUACAGAAUCUGUCCAGAACCUUGAUAUCCUUUGUCUACACUUCAAUUCAAUUGAUAUCCUUUGCCCUCUUCAAUUCAAACCAUAGGUUUUCAUUGGGGUUCAAGUCCGUAGACAGAGAGCCGUUGCAAAAUAUUGAUUUUGUGGUGAAUUAACCAUUUCUUUGUGUAUUUUGAUAUGUGCUUGGGGCUAUUGUCUUGCUGGAAGAGCUACUUGCGGCCAAGUUUCAUCCUCCUGGCAGAGGCAACAAGGUUUUUGGGCUAAAAUGCCCUAGUGCAGUACUUGGUAAAGUUCAUGAUGCCGUUGACCUUAACAAGGGCCCCAGGACCAGCGGAAGCAAAAUAGCUCAUAACAUCAAAAGAUCCACCACCAUAUUUUAAAGUAGGUAUGAGGUUAUUUUCUGCAUAUGCAUUCUUAUUUCGAAGCCAAACCCACCACUCCUGUGCGUGGCCAAAGAGCUCUAUUUGCACAGGUUCCAAUCCAAGUGCCAAUGCAAACUCCAAGGGUUUCCAUUGUGGGUUGCUCUCAAUUAAGUUUUUCUGGCACCCCUUCCAAAGAGCCUAUUUGCAUGGACGUGGCAUCUAAUUCUAGAUUUAAACACUUACUUGGUGACCUGAAGUUUUCCAUAAUUUUCCAACUUUGGCCCUUCAAUUUUUCUUUACCUCCCAAACCAUCUUCCUUACUGUGUGUGGGGAACAAGAUACACAUGCAUCCAAUAUCAGGCAGGUUUACCACCGUUCCAGUGGUUUUAAACCUCUUAAUUGUUGACAUAAUAGUGGUAAGUGGGAUAUUAUUUUUUAAGCUAUUUGUUGUUCCCGUUGUGAGUUUUUCACAUUUUCCCAUGGCGAUUGAUGAUACAUUUACAUGUGUGUUACCUCAUUUUAGAAGUAAUCAGGGAGCCAUGGAAGACCACAAUACAGUUAUUUAAACUGAGAUUAAUUUAAAAAGUAGAAUGUUAAUGCAGAUUUUGUUUGUUUUUAUAAGAAUCUUUAGCGGUUCCAAUAAUUUUGAACUGUAUCUUUUUUAAAUAUAUAUUUUCUCUGUGCAAUUGUAUUAGUAGAAAAAGAAAUGUAAAAAAAUAUUUACUGUGCACUUGGGAAGUUUUCUGACCCCUUGACUUUUUCCAC